GGUGGUCUUCGGCCCAAGGAUAGUGGCCAUUUUGGGAUUGCGAAGUGUAAACAUAAAGUUUGCCGAGUCCGAGUUUAUCGGAACUUUGGCUGAAUAUGAUAAAAAUAAACAGUUUUGGAAACACAUAGCGAUGGCUGAUAGGAGGAAGCUUCAAGCGGAGAUUGACCGAUGUCUAAAGAAAGUCCAGGAAGGUGUUGAAACGUUUGAAGACAUCUGGAAAAAGGUGCAAACGGCUCCUAAUGCAAACCAAAAGGAGAAGUAUGAAGCUGACCUCAAGAAGGAAAUCAAGAAGCUGCAGCGGCUGCGCGAUCAGAUCAAGAGCUGGUGCGCGUCGAACGACAUCAAGGACAAGAGGUCGCUGGCAGAAGCUCGCAAGCUCAUCGAGACGCAAAUGGAGAGGUUUAAGGUUGUUGAACGAGAGAUUAAAACCAAGUCGUACUCGAAGGAAGGGCUAGGUGCUGUCAACAAGUUAGAUCCGGCGACAAAAGAACGGGAAGAGAUUCAUAGUUGGCUAUCAAAUUCCAUCCAACAGCUCAACAUACAAGUAGAUCAGUUAGAGAGCGAGGUUGAAACGUUAGCGGCUGGUUCGAAAAAGAAGAAACUCGGUAAUCACGAUCGGUCGGACGAGUGUAGGAACACAUUGGAGCGGCAUCGAUAUCACAUAGUCCAACUAGAAACAAUCAUGCGCAUGCUGGACAAUGAUACGAUAGAUGUCGAUCAGAUCAAAAAGAUUCAAGAUGAUGUGAACUACUAUAUCGAGUCUGGUCAGGACGACGACUUUGAGGAAAACGAAUUUGUAUACGAAGAUUUGGAUCUGGAUGAAGUCCGGGAGCACAUGCGGGUCGGCGUCUCGCUCGACGACGACACGACCAACAUCUCGGGCGGCUCGCCGACGUCAGCUACGUUCAGCUCUCCGCCUCCGUCGCCUGGCCUCAUCAUCAACCAUUCCCUGGAUAACUCAGAUCUCGAUGAAGAGAAGUCGAAGAGAAAAUCUGUUGAGCGAGAGUUGUCUAGCAAGGGAUCGCACCGGAGUGUAAGUGCCGUGCCUACCACGACUGUGAUAGCGUCGCCGCCGCCCGCAGCCGGCUUCCCACUCAUCCCUGUCAGUCCCAGUAAGCCAAACAGUAUUGUGAACCACGUGGUGCCGUCGUCGCCGAUCACGCCGUAUUCCGUCGCUGUCGCUGCCCCGCAGCAUCACAACAACCACUCAGAAAACAAGUCCAGCCAGCAACAUCAGCAGCAGCAACAGCAUCAGCAGCAACAACAGAAACAGCAGCAGCAGCAGCAGCAGAAUGGUCCUGCCAUUACUUCACCACCUGUAACAUCCACCGUAACACACACGUCUAUACUGCUGCACUCCGUCGUGUCGGGGGCGUCUAACGGUGUCGCCACGGUAACAACUAGCAAAGCUGCGGUUGCUGAACCGGCAGCGACUAGUCCAGACCCUGUGAAGAACGGCCAUGUUGCUGCAGACGUCAAGAAGGAGAAAGCCGCUAGCGUGGUCGGCUCGCUCAAGGCUAUGGCCGAGCUGGCGCUCGGCAGCAGUGGAGCGCCCUCUAUGACGAUACCGGCCAGCGGUCAGUCAUCGGUGAGCGCGGCGGCGGUCAGUCAGGUGGCGAGCGUGGCGGGGGCGGCAGCGAGCCUGGCCACGAGCCUCGUCACCAGCUUCCCUGCGCGAUCCGACUUCACCGCCGUAGCAACGAGCAUCCUCGACGACAGGAAGAUGCUCGACACCAGUAUAUCUGCGCUGCUGCCGACGUCGUCGCUGCUGGGUAGUUACAGUAGUAGCGCAUACGGCCUUGGUGCCUUCACGACGACCGUGUCGCUGUCAACGUCGCAGUCCAGCGUAGUGGAGCAGGCAAUGACCACCGUGCAAAUACCACCUCUACUCGGCGUCGCUCCUCUGGGGCACGUGCAGUUGAACAAGCAGAAACUGUAUGAACAACGGAGCCUGGAGUACGUCACACGCCACCUUCCACAUCCAUCCGACUCUGAGAGACUCAGGCAGUAUCUUCCACGUAAUCCGUGUGUUACGCCUACCUGGUACCCACAGGUGCCACCACCAAAUCAUAACAACGUAGAUUUCUUCCAGAGGCUCUCUACUGAAUCGCUGUUCUUUAUAUUCUACUAUCUAGAGGGCACGAAAGCUCAGUAUUUGGCAGCAAAGGCAUUGAAGAAACAGUCGUGGAGGUUUCACACCCGGUACAUGAUGUGGUUUCAACGUCAUGAAGAGCCAAAGGUCAUCACUGACGAAUACGAACAGGGCACGUACAUCUACUUUGACUAUGAAAAAUGGGGCCAACGGAAGAAGGACGCAUUCACCUUUGAGUAUCGAUAUCUGGAAGACCGCGAUCUAAACUGAACUUUGACCUGUCAUGACCGCGUGACCUAUCAAACAAAAAGAGUGACAGACAGGCGGCACGUGCUUCGGUCUACGGUUAACGGUCCGCAUCGGGCGGUAGCUUUAACGUAGUGCAACACAUCAACACGAUUAGGCAUUAGGAUUCGAUCCCGGCGAGUCACGUUGUUGCGGGUUUACCCCCUAGGUCGGGGUGUGGCCAGUACAGACCCCGCGGCCCGUCACCACAGCUCUCCGCUAGCUCACUCCUCGCUUCGACGUCUGCUGCAAUCCCUGCAGUCAAGGGGGGACCUCAAACUCCGAAACCUAUCGGUGUUAUCUUACGAUGCAUUGCCAUCGACAAUGAGGCGAGCGACAGGCCUGUCGGCUUUAGCGUCUGUUCGGUGGCCUCGAGUUGCUUUAGUGAGUGUGAGCAGGCAGGGACGCAGGCUUCCCUGUUCCGAAAUCAUGACGACAUCCAGGUGGUUAGAUUUUAAACGCGACAAAGCCCGAUUUUGACGUGUGUGUGGGUAAAAAAAUCACUGUUAGUAGCGGCGGAGGGCUCUUCCUCGUGGGUUAGGUUUGUAGACUUCCAUCAAUAAUUUUUUCGCUUUGCAAGUAGUUUUGUAAUUAUGUAGAGGGUUUUUAGGUUACUUUAGCUUGAACUGGCGUCUUUGCGACAUGAAAGGCAAGAAACUCGAGUCAGAGCUGUAUCAUGUUUAGACUGUCACUGAACGUGGUCGAGCACGGAGUUGGAUCAGUGUACAGUUUAUUAAAUCUGAGGGACUGUCGACAGUCUAGGAUGUAUCAUUUUCACACAAAAUGUAAAAAACUAAAGUUUUUCAUUCUUGUUAUAUACGUACAGUUCUGGUGAUAUUUUUGUACAGCAGAUAGCUAGCUCUGCAGGUACGCGUUUGUCGCUCCACCUGGCCACACGAGGGCAGCAGUGUCACAUUGAUGUUGCUGUUCCUACGCGGCAUGUAAAUAAGGAACAAUGACGAGUAUCUGCAGUGUUCAUUGUCUGAUAUGCUGAAAUAUAAAAAGGCAAAAUAUUUGUCUGUGCAAAAAA